AUGAACCAAAAAGAAAAUUAUUAUAUUAUUGCCGACCACUUGCGGACUGCUAUUUUUGCUUUGGCGGAUGGGGCGGCGUUUGAACCCAAAGGGCGAGGAUAUAUUCUCAAAAAACUAGUCAAAAAAGCCACUCUGUUGGCUUACUUAAUUAAUUUAAAUGGCGAAAAACUACAAAAAAUUAGUGAAAAGUUAAUUGAGGUUAAUUCUUCUUACUACCGGCAUUUAAAGGAAAAAGAAAAUUUGAUAAUUAGCGAACUAAAAAGGGAAAUAGAUAAAUCAACUGAAUUCAUUGAUAAGUCAAUUCGAGAACUAGAUAAUUUAGUUUUGGAUAAAAGAAAUUCCAAUUUCUCUUUUUUUACCAUAUUAAUUAUUUUAUUUAAUGGAAACAUAACCACCGGUUUUAAAUCACCUCAAAAAUUAUUGAAUGAUCUCUCAGAAAUAAAGAAAGUCUCUCGCUCUGACUUAAAAGCCUUUUUAACCCAAGACCACACCGCAUUUAGUGUUCUAAAUGUUUCUACUAAACACAUAGAAAGCACCAAUCGAAUAUCAGUCUCUUUAACUAAAAAUUCGGCUCGCUCUUUUUAUCUAAAUCAAUCUAAAAGCCCACUCAACAAGGCACCAAUUCAACCUCCCAUAAUUGAUGAUUGCCUCCAAGAUGCUAAUAAUUGCACUUAUUUUGCUUUUUUUAAUUCCAAAGAAAAGAAACUCUACACUCGCUUUAAGGAUAAAGUGGAAGCCAACUUUGAAGGCACUCAUCGUAGUCCGGGAUAUAAGACUAUCAGUUCCUAUUUAGCCAAAUAUUUAUCAAAAAGUUUCCAUUUAAGAAGCCUUUACACUAAGCAUGGUUUAGCCAAUAAUCAUAAAACUUACCGCUUUUUUAAAAAUCUUUACCAAUACCAGCAAAAACCAGCUUUGCUAAUCGCUAAACACCGCCUAGAUGCCCAAAGCGGACUGCCCCUCCCCAAAAAUCAAAAAAUUUUUCGCCAGUUCAAUUACCAAACUUCCCAAACCACUUAUUUCUAUCGCUCCCAGGAAAAAUUAGUAGGCAAUGCUGCCAAACCAAUCCUAAUCAAAAAGAAUUAUCGCCUAGGCACUCGCUCUCUAAACCCGCUUUCGCUUUUAAAAUUAGCCACUAAAUCCCCUCAAAAAGAGGCUUAUUUUCAAAAUGUUUAUCACCACUUCCAAACUAAACCAGUGUUCCAUUUCACUUUUGAACCGGAGAAAGCAUCAGUUAUCAGAGCCUUUAUGGAUAAAUUAGACACUUAUGCUGCCGAGUAUGAUAUGGAAGAAUCAAAAGAGUUCUUGGCUUACCCCAUUUCACAUAAUUAUCAACACCAAACCAUCCAGCAGAGAGGGGAUUUGUGCGGUUGUGAAACUCAGGCUCGCAACCAAUAUUUAGAUAAUUGGUCGCUCGAUUAUUUUCACCCUUCCACUGAUAACUGA